AGGGAGUUAUCUAACGGAUGGCUACCUUACGGGCGGUAUCCGCAUGCUGUAUCCGAGCUGCUAUGUGCUGGUACCUCAGAGCGAGUUCUCCCAUCACCAUGCGAUGGCUGUUCAGGCUGGUGGCUACAUCCCACCACCCUCCAUGGGGCUAGGGCAUGGCAAGAUCAAUGGACCUGCAACUCCUGGCUUGUCAUCAGUUGCCCUUACCCCUCCAACCUCUCCUCCAGACCAGCAGCUCCCACCUGGAGACGGCUCGGGAGCCCUGUACACAGGGGGAUCUACCCUGGAUCCCAGCCUGGGAGACGAUGGAGACGACUCCUGCACCGGAGCCCUUAUCCACAAAGUCACCUCCAAGGUUUGGUCCCAGUGGCUAACGGAAACCGUCCUUCCCACACCUGGUAGUGGCGGUGCUGGUGGUACCCUGCCAAAUGGAUCUAUGGCAUCGACCCCUGGUACCAUCACUAAUACCAGUGGUGGUGUUGGUGGUGGUGCUGGAUCGAUGAGCAGCCAGCAGUCAUCACUAGAACCUUGCAGUAUUAGUGCGGAAGACAACAACUCAAACCUGGAGACCAAGCCAUCCUUGGUGCCCCCGCCCCAACCCUCUCCCACAGCCAACCAGUUCACUUGGCAGUUCCAAGACCCUUCCUCCAAGACGGAUUGUGCUUGUUCAAGGCAAAAGGUGCUGAAGCUGAAAUCCCGUAGCAAAUCUCCAUCAUCUACUGGUUCUGCGCAUUCUGGCCAUUCUGGCAUUGGCAAUCCCGCGUUUUCAGGCAACGUACACCGGCAGCAGCGUAGCCAACGCCCUUCUACUCCUUUCCACCACCGGGCGACUCACACUGAUGAUCUCAUAGGAGUCGACCAGGAACUGUCAUCAAGGUUAGCCCCGAUCGGUGUGCCGACAACGCCGUCGUCAUCGGUUGGACCAGUCUCACAGGAGAGCAAACCGUCAAACAAUGCACUGCCUAAGCCAAGCCCUGCAGCGUUUAGAACUCCUGGGUCAACGGACCCUGUGCUAACCGAAUCUCCACCCUCUGUAGCGCCGUCACCGCUUAUCCCACCCCCGACCGGAACCGGUCUGAAUCCCAGUGAAAGGGACAGGACUAUGCCAACUCUGAGCCCUUACCCGCCUCCUCGGAAUGGGGAGACGGGUUUGCCUCAAGCCAACAGCGGCCCAGUAGGAUCCUCAAUCGGUAGGAACUGUGAUAUGGGACACUCAAUUGAGCGUGAUGCGUUGAUAGGGAGAACUAUUGGGCAUAAAGAAACAACUAUAAAGCAGGAGGAAGACAAAGUGUGGCAAAAUUUCAGGUUACCUAGUGAGCAUCAUAUGGACUCAAAGAGACCCCUCCUGCCAUUGUUGAGCUAUGAGAAACGAGAGGAGGAAAAUGAAAACAUGUUUGAUUCGCUUUAUGACCCAGCAAAUAACGAUGAGAUCUUCUGCCAGCCACACAAGAAGCUGAAGGAAGAGAAGCCAGUCCAGCCAGCCGCAUCGGCCUUGGACUUCCCUGGUGAGAUGGACAUCGGUAUGCGCCACAACAGACCGCCCUCGCCCGUAGAGGAUCCCUAUGAAUUCAUGGAACAUGAUACAUCACCUACACAGGGUGGUAGAAUCUCUAUCUCAGCCAGAGGAAGAAUGAAGGUCAACGGGAGAACGAGAGGAGGUCCGAGACGUCCCAGUAUCAAGAAAAGCAAAAUAAAGGAGGAGGAAAUCCAGAGAAGGGCUGAGGAAGAGAAACCAAGACCUGAGACCUUAGCAGCCGACGGACAAUCCAAUGUCUUCAACACAGAUCCAUCCAAGGCCAUGGCAUCUGCAGCAAACAAAACAAUGGCCAUCAAGGGAGAGACUAAGCGCUUGAUGCACACAGAUGACAUCAAGGUGACCGGUAUGGGUGAUCUUGAGAGACUCUUUGAAUCUUCAUCCUCCGAUGAUGAUGACGGGGGUUUUGAUGACAUGGUAUCCCAGGUGAUCCAUCGAGGGGAAGAAUCUUCAACUAAACCCUUUGGCAACUCAUUACACAGCUCCACCGGUAUGCCAGGCACCAGCCAGACGGGUCCAGAUCUUGCCCGGAUGUAUCCGACCCCACCCUCUUUGGAACAGCAGAACUCCGCCUUCUCUCCUGUCAACUUACCCUGUCAUGAAUACAUUAAUCAUGGUUCGGUGCAGGGUAUCACCCAGAUUGAACAUAGUGCGGCUGGAGACUUCAACGAGAUAGAGGCCGAUGAAAACAUGGGAAGCCCUAAGCCUGAACAGAUCCAGGAUUGGAGUUUUGUGUACAAGAUUCCACCCACAGAGAGAUUUGUUGGUCCCAGUAUGUACGCUCCGCUGAAGGCCCUACCAAGCAGCAAGCAACCUCCACUGAAGAUCCCAGAGGCAUGUCACUAUAGGCCAUCCUGGCAGUUGCCAUUGUCACCCAAGCCAGACCUUUUGCCUGUUACGAAGGACAGUCUUACGCUGGAGAUGGAGAUGAAUAUGAACCAGCCAAUCGUGUUCAAUGCACCAGGACCUACCCUCAUGCAAUCUCCUGCAGCUUACCCAGGUAGCCAGGAGCCUCGGAGUGCUGCCAACAUAGACUUGCAGUCUCCGGCCUCGGAGGCCUCCUCUUAUGUUAGGAAUAUCAACUCAAUGGAAGCGCCCACACCUGCCAGCAACAUCCCAGAGGCACACAGCCUCCUGGUUAACCUCACACUGUCAGACUCGUUACUCAACAUCUACAAAGAUAGGAACUUUGAUAGCAGUGUCAUGUGUGUGUGCAACAAGAACCACAUGUGCCAGUGUGGCUUCAGCGCCGUCAUGAACAGAAGGUACGCUGUGGGCAGCGGGCUCUUUGCCGAAGAUGAAUCUGAAAUAACGGGACAGCCGGCCGAUGCGGCCCUCUGGACGUUCCACAAAGACAAUCCCAUGCUGGCGGGCAUGCCCGACCGCAAGCCGCUCUUGUCGGUGGAGGACGCGUCGAGUGAGAAAGAUGGGAAAGAAGUGUCAAGGACAGCAAAAUGUGUUUUGAGAUUGAUUCAGGAACAGUGUAACAGUCCGUAUGCCACGCUGGCGAGGCUUGCAGGGUGUGUUCACAAGAGAGGUAUCAACAGUUCAGGUCCGCUGGCCAGGAGCCAGAUUGAAAUCACUGAUGGCUGUGAUGCUUGUUUUGCUGCGCUGGAUCUGGGUCGGAUUCUUAUGGAUGGUACUGCUGGGAGUAAGAUAGAUGAUGCGCUCUUAAAAAGCUCCUGUCUACAUAGCUGGCCUUACACACCAGCAAUAGCCCGAAGCACGAUGUCAUCACAAGAUGUGGUGCGGACGUUGAGUUCACUGCAACCUCUGCUGCAGGAUGCUAUACAGAAGAAGAGGACAACGAGGUUAUGGGAGAAACCUUACACAGUACAGGGUCCACUCACAUGGCAGGUCUUCUUUAACAUUGGUGCCAGAGGUCCAGCUGAAACUCCCGAACCCCUCCCCAUACCUCGUCUCAUGAUUGGCCAUGACAAGGAUUGGCUGUCGUCUUCACCAUUCGCUCUCUACUACUGGGAGAAGCUGAUGUUAGAGCCGUAUUCCUCACCCAGGGAUGUUGCAUACAUAGCCCUAGUACCUGAAAACAAGUACAUCUUACGUUGUGCCACAAUGUUCUUCAAGGAACUUACUGCUGUCUAUGAGGGUUGUCGUUUGGGUAGACAUGCCCCCAUUGCCAAGACGUUCCAGGACGGUAUCAUGAAGAUCGGCAAGAAGUACGCUCAGAAGCUCAGCAACGAACCGGUAGACGUCUGGUUCUCGGACGUAACCCACCUCCCAGAGACGGACAAACUCAAACUCUACGCACAAUUUUGCAGGGCCUAUGUUGCUCCAUACCUGAAUCAGGAACAGCCUGAUGCCAGCAUGUUCCGCACCUCUCGUCACCAUUCCUCCUCCUCUGCCGGCUCCAACCUCCCCGGGUCUGGCAGCAGCGGUCCCGGCUACUCCUCAUCCUCCAGCUAUGUGGUGGGGAGUUCAAGCUCGUCAGGCAGCCAGGGAGGGUCGUUGCUGGAUCAAGGAAGCCAGGGUUCCGAUGCCAGUAGCGCCAGCAUGCCUGCACCCAGUUCAACACCUAGCAGACCAGCCAAUCGGCAAGACUCCAAGGACAGUGGCGUCGCCUCCUCAGAUAAUAAGGAGAACAUCCCCAAGGGAACCGCCCUGGAGACGGUGACCCCUCGUGAGAGUGAGCAACCUCCAGCAGUGGUGGUGUACAUUGUAGAUCCCUUCAGGAGAGGAGAGGAUGCAGAAGAGGAAGGGGAGGUGUCGGUAGCCACCCUCGGCCUCAUGCACUGCUUUGCAGAGAUCUUUGAUAAGCUUCAAGUGUCCCUUCAAAGGAACAUUGCAUUCCAAAUCAUUCCGUUACACCAGGUGCUGCAGGUUGCCAACAGCGAGGUGUCAUCUCGGUUCUUGAACCAGCUCAAAUCGGUGGCCUUCUCUGUCUUUGCUCAGUGCAGGAGAUUCCAGAGCCCCACCAUCCCCGGCAGGAGUCUUACUGGCUUCGGACCUGCUGCAGACCUUGAUAGGAUGAUCAUCAGUAAAAACGUUGAGCAUAAUGAGGACAGACUGUAUGCUCCACCGUUCAUCUUAGCCCCUAUUAAGGACAAGCAGACGGAGCUCGGAGAGUCCUUUGGUGGUCUUCGGCAGGCUUGUGGUGAACUCUUCUGCAGCUACUGUCUCUCUCAUGAUCAGAGAUGGCUUCUUGUCUCUUGUACAGACUCCAAGGGAGAACUCAUGGAGACACAGAUCAUCAACGUAGAUGUCCAAAACAGUAAGAGGCGGAACAAGGUAUCCAUCCGUAACAUCGCCCUCUACUGUUUAUGGGAUUUCUUGAUGGGUGUGAUGUCUAAGGCUUCUAUUCCUUGGAGACUAGUCAUCGGUAGACUGGGCAGGCUAGGACAGGGUGAACUCAAAGACUGGAGCAUGUUACUAAGUCGCAAGAACCUUGCCAACUACAGUCGGAAACUGAGAGAGCAGUGUUCCAUGUGUAGCGUGCCAGGGACAUGUGACUUUCCUUGUAUUCUCAGUGCAUGCCUUGUCUCGACGGAACCGGAACCUGGUCUUCACAUCAUGGCAGAUAUGGUAGCAGCAGACAAGUGCAGUAAGAACAGCCAGAGAGACCAGCCCAGCUGUCAGCUGCACACUCCAGACGACGCCAGCUGUACUCAUAUCAUGGUCUUCCCUACCAGUGCUACUAAACAAGCUGCUGCGACUAACAUGCCGCAAGAUCAGGCUGACUUGACUUUCAAUUCAGAUAUACGACUUGACGACGAAGACAACAUUUUUGACGAGGAAAUGCUACUCAAUAUCUUCAUGAAUCCAUCCACCAUGAUGCCGGAUGAUCCUACUAACAUCCAGCUAGACCUGGACCAGGAAGUUAUUCCCACCGACGGACCAGCGCCAGCUGCUACAGGUCCCGGAAACCCGACCACAAGACAGCAACCCAACACGGAGUCAGGGAUACCGGCUGAGCCUGAAGAAGUCCUCCGUGGCAUCUUGCAACAACCCCUAGCCCUGGGAUACUUUGUCUCCACUGCCAAGACCGGUCCCCUGCCAAAAUGGUUCUGGUCUGCCUGCCCAGAGGCUGAAAACAGCUGUCCUGUCUUCCUCAAGGCUGCCCUACACGUCCACAACCCUUCAGAGCAACCGACCGAUGACAUCUUACAAACCAAACACUCACAUCCCCUUGACUCGGACAAGACGCCAGAAGUUCUCAGGUAUGUGCUAGAGACUUAUAAUAGUCUAUCCUGGCUAACAGUGGACCCUGCAAGUGGCGAUAGACGGUCUUGCCUGCCAGUCCACAUGGUGGUUCUUGUGCAACUCUACAACACCAUUGCUUCUCUUCAAUGAUCCCUCCUGGCCCUCCAACCCUUCUUCCUCAAUUUACUGAUCACUUUUUGGGCCAUCAUGGUGCCGACUGUGGAUGGAAUGGUAAAUUUCUGUGUAACCUUGGGAAAUCGCAAACCAAGGAUCAUCUGAAUGGUUGACAUGGUUCUAACUUGCAUAUUGCGAAUGGACGUGACGAGAGUACAAGUCCUUGUCCUUGACAAGUUUUCAUUGUUGCCAUCAACAGCCAUCAAGGUAUCAAUGGACCCAUCAACAAGAAGCGCAUGCUUGGGACACUCACUGACCUGAACAUGCUGCAUCUGUAGAGACAAGUUGGAAUUGAAGUCUUGAGAUUCUUUGUGGGGAAAUGCAACUUUUUAAACCUCAUCUUCUGAGGCUAUUUCUUAAAAAGACUAGGCGAUCAAAGACGAGCACAGCACCUUCUGAAGUUGCCAUAAAGAUUGGAUCAGCCAUCGGGGCAUCUUGGAACCGGACAACAAGAAGUGCAUGCUGAACACUCCCUCAACAAUCUCCUGGACAAGUUGCAUCCAUAUGCGAACCAGUCAGUGCCAUGGAAGAUGCAAUGAGCAACCUUUGGUUUGUACAGACAUUUUUCAGGGGUGAAACCUUGUGGCUCUUGCUUUAUGACCAACUCUCAUCCCCAUGCCCUCUUGAGGCAACAUCUUACAAAGACUUAGUGAUCAAAGGUUAUUGCUACAACUGCACCCUGGAGAUACUACAAGCAAUCUACAGCUUGGCCAAGUCGACAAGAACAAGUAUAGGAGUGGAAGACAUUCAGCUCAACAACCUACGCUGUAUGCAGUUUAUUCCCUGUGCCAUUUCAAGCUCUUCAUCUUGCCCUUUUCAAUGAUGUUCUGGAUGAUCAAGUAUUCCUGAUGGUUUUCUUACACAAGCCAUUGAUGGUUUGUUUCUCUGAAGUGAUAUUGUGUUGUCCUUUAUGUUUUCAUAUAUCUCUGUGAUUCAAUGCUCCUGCAUUCCUGCUGCAUCAAUUCAUAUUCAAUUUUUAGAACAUGAUCUCGUAGCACCUAGCUUAGCAAUUGAUCGUAGGGCUAUGUAUGAUUGGGGAUUGGUCACACCAAUAAGUAUGUACAAUCAAUUGUACAAAUCAAUUGUACAAUUUAUUUCUAACAUCUGUGUUGCAUGACUCAGGACCCCAUCUUACAAAGAGUUGCGAUUGAUUCGAUCAAUCACAACUAUGGACGGCCAGCAGCGUCAACGUCUACAAUGCAUGUUUGUUCAAAAUAUUUACUAACUAUGAUGUAUAUUCAUGCAUUCAUAUUUUUCUUGAAAAUUCUCUGUGCUUCUCUUUGUUUACAUAGGACAUUGUGCAAAUUUCCUGUAGAACAAAUUAUGACACAGAUGAAUUUCCAUAGAGUUACGAUUGAUUGGAUCAAUCGUAACUCUUUGUAAGAUGGGGCCCAGAUAUUCAUGAAAGGGCAUUUGUAACACAAAGCUUAGCAACUGAUAGUACAAUUGAUUUUUAUAAUUGAGUUGAGAGAAUCCUUAAUGUAAUCUGUCAUGAAAUGCAGUCCUACAAUCAAGCUUUGUAUUAUGGGAGCCCUGGCACAUGUAUUAUUCUGCAUCAGAGAGGAGAUUAUGGUUUGUAUUUUGAACCCAAGUUAAACUGAAAGUCAGGUUAAACAUUUUUAAGGUUGAAUAUCACACGAAUUUCUAACAGUAUAGGUCCAAUUUACUAGAACAUUUAGCACUGACAUCAUUCAUAAAUGAUAACUGAAAUAAUUGUAUGAACCAUUAUUGCAUUAGGAAAGAGCACCAUAAACAUAAACGUAGUGUCAACAAAGCUGUUAACAUUAUCGGCUUUGGCCAUAGCUUCAGUUAAGCUGACUUCAGAUUACGGGCUUAUAUGUUUAGAUUGGCUAUCAGUCUACACUAGCACUUAAUACUACAAAGAUUAGCUUUAUCUCUGUUUUUUUCUUUUGUAGCAUUUUAAGGAUGCGGUUGAAAGACGCUGAUGUCCUGCUCAUAUUACAAAGGCGAACAGUAAUGUGUAUAUUUUAGAAGCUUAUAAAAACAGUCACUUAUCUGCUUGUCUGUCUCCCGGGCUUCUCGAUAAAUGAAUUAAUCAAACAUGUCUUUCUUUUCAUAGAAGACGAGUAG